UUGAACGUUAAUUCAAAAAGUUGAUUUCAUAUUACUUACAUUCGUUGUCUUUAGUUUGGUUCGGUUUUAACCGUUAGUGUUUUUGCAGCUAUUUAAAAAAAAAUUAGGAAAUCGUAUGGAUUUCUCCAAUUUACUUAAUUAGUGGUUUGGAAACUUGUAUAGGACUUCUGAAGAGAAAUAGCAGAAAAUUUAUACACCUAUUUUUUAUAUUUUUAAAAUCAUAUAUUAGUUACAUUGUAUAUCGGAUUUAAAUAUGGAGGGAAAUAAUUUUGAAUUUUCCUGCCCGAACUAUGUUGAUUUUGAAAAGGAAUGUUUUUCUGAGGAUGACACCAUAUCUGACGUUUUUUUCGAUUGCUCAGCAGCUCAAUUAAGGAUUAAUAAGUCAGGGAAUGAAGACAACUCAGGACCAAACAGGAUGAGAAGGUCAAUUAGCGUUGGAAAUCUGGUAAUGUUUGACGAAGAGACAAAGAAAGACACUUACCAUAAGCCAGAUCUACAGAAUAUUCAAGAGAAAACUGAAGAUAAAUGCUCAAAAACACAAUCUAUGUGCAUUAAUUCGGACGAUGAAUCAAAUAAACUACAUAAAGGAAAAUUAUUUGACUCCAAAUCAGCAAAUGAGCAAUUAAAGAAAAUGAGCGCGGGUCCUAUUAAAAGAGGUGCUAGCCAUGGCAAUUUAAGUAAGCUAGCUCAACAUAAACCACAUUCCUCUGUAGAUGAUUUAAAAAGUCAACCAAGCAAAUUCGUCUCAAUGGCUGAAGCCAUUAACAAGUUUCAGACGGCGACACCGAUCAGGUUUAGGAGCAAGCCAAGCAUAGUACAACCCAAUGACAAAUGUUUGACCAGGACAGUGCCACAGAGUCCAGCGUUGCAAACUAAAGCUCGAAGCAGACCUAUUACGAACAUUUUAACGCAUGAGGAAAAAGAAUUGCGUCAGUUCGAAGAACUUCAAAAGUGCAAGAUCAAAGCACACCCAGUUAAUAAAAAAAUUCUGCAAGGUCCUGUGAAACCCGUACACCCGCCUGAGAAGAAGCCCAGCACAAUUGUGAGGCCCUUUAAUUUAACUGAAACUCACCCAAAAAAGGUGGAGCCAUCACCAGAAAAGUUCAGGUUUCACGCCCAACCAAUAUACACUGGCGAGGAGCACUCUCGAAAAACUCAAGCUGCUGCGCCACGACGUCCGCUCACUCAAGCAGUUACUCCAUCUUUUAUGAAAAAUUACAAACGAACGCAGACGCGAGUUACGGACGAACCUAAAAAUUGCGAACAAGACAAACCGAGUUGGAAAAAUGAACGUACUAAACCGAUCCCAUUUAGCUUUGAAUUAAGAGAUAAAAUGGUGCAGGAAAAAAGGAAGAGGUUGAUUCAAAAGCAAAUGGAAGAGGAACGAAAAGCCAGGGAAUUUGUAGCAAGAGGUGUACCAAAAUACAUUCAGAACAAAAAUAGAUCUUCGGCAAAAAGUGAAUCAGGCAGUAGCGCGUGUUCUAGUAGAAGAAAUGUGUUUCACAGCCAAGAGAAUCUCAGCACUCAGUUCAAAGCCCGUCCACCAACGGUUCUUUUCAAAGAACCAUUCGUGCCCGCCAAAUCCGAAGCGCCACUUACAGAAGUCAAACCUUUCAACUUGGAAUCGGAAAUGCGGGCCAUCGAACGCCUGGAGUUUCAGAGAAAACUCGAAAUAAAAGAAGAACAAACGGAGUAUUUGAAGAGGAUCCGAGAGGAAGAGAUUCAACGUCAGGAGGAAGAAGAACGAAGGAGAAUUCGUCGAGAGUGUGAACAGAUCAAGGCACAGCCUGUGAGGAAAUUCAAACCGAUUCAUAUUCAGCCUUCUGGAAAGGUUACUGAGCCAAUAUCGCCGAACUUUUGUUAUAAAAAGCUGCAGCACAGGGAAAACAAGGAGAAUGUGGUUAAUAAUUAGUGAUGGAUAAGGUUAUCUCUUAAUAACUAUUGAAAUAGACGUUUCGAAAAAAAGAAUGAAACAAGAAGACUACUAAGAAAACGAAGUUUGUUAAAUUUACCUUUCUUUUAAAAUGAAUUUCAGAGAUUUUGUCUUGUUACUUAUUACAUUUAUUUUAAACUACUUUGUUUAUACCAAUAUUUUAUUUCAUGUUGAAUAUAAAAACAUGCAAGGCU